AUGAAGGCUACUGUUCUGGCCGCUGCCGCGGCUGUCCUCGCCGGCGGCGCGAGCGCUGCUUCCCGCCAUGGUCACCGUCAUGCGCACGCUCUGUUCGAGAAGAAGUCCGCGGAUACCGGCAAGGAGUGCGUUGAGAGCUGCACCACCAUCUACUCGACCGUGACCGGCGAGCCCACCCUCCUCCCCCCCGCCUCGACGGCUCCUCCGUCCACCACCGGUCCCGCGACCGUGCCGACCCCGGAGCCCCAUCCGAUCGAAAGCCCCGGCACCUACACCUUCCCGGCGUCGACCAUCGUGGUGACCGAGACCCAGACCGACGUGGGCGGCUCGUCCACCGGCGUUCCUAGCGGCACCCACACCCUCGGCGGAAUCACUACCGUUGUCGGGACCGGUACCACCAUCGUCGUCCCGGUUGCCACCACCGAGGUCCACAACGGCGUGGUCACCAGCAUCAUCAAGACCACGACCUUUGUCUGCCCCGUGGCCGGCACCUACACCAUCGCUCCCAUCACGACGACCGUGCCUAGCGACACCACCGUGACCGUCCCGGUCAUCGAGACCUUCCCUCCUGGCACCUACACGGCCCCUGCCGUGGUCACCACUGUCACGGAGACCAAGACCGUCGUCUACUGCCCCUACACCUCGCAGACCCCCGAGCCGGCCCCUGCGCCGACUUCGCAGGCCCCUCCUCCGCCUCCUCCUCCCCCGCCCCCGCCGGCGAUCACCACUCACGAGGCGCCCCCGCCGGUCAAGCCGUCGAACACCCCUUCGUCCUCGGUCGUCCCCAAGCCGUCGCACGCUCCCCUGCCCGGCAGUACCACCAAGCAGUGGGCCAUGACCUACACGGCUUACGCCGAGACCGCUGAGGGUGGCUGCAAGAGCGCCUCCGAGGUCAUGGAUGAUGUUACCGCCAUUGCCAAAGCCGGCUUCUCCGCCAUCCGUGUCUACUCGACCGACUGCGACACCCUCCCCAACGUCGGUGCGGCCGUCCGCAAGCUCGGCCUGCGUCUGAUUGUCGGCAUCUUCAUCGGCCAGGCCGGCUGCGACAACGCCAGCCCCACCGUGGCGGACCAGAUCAGCGCGCUCAAGGAGUGGGCUGAGUGGGACCUCGUUGACCUGGCCGCUGUCGGUAACGAGGCGCUCUUCAACAACUUCUGCACUGUCGGCGAGCUCACCAGCCUCAUUCAGCGCGUCAAGUCGGAGCUCGGCGCGACCGGUUACAACGGCGCUUUCACCACCACCGAUAUCGUCACGGCCUAUACCAACAACGACGUCUCGGCCCUCUGCGCCGUCAUCGACAUCGUCGCCACCAACGCCCACGCCUACUUCAACCCCGACACCAAGCCCGAGGACGCCGGUGCGUUCGUUGCCAGCCAGCUCAAGAUCGUCGAGGACGUCUGCAGCUUGCCCGGCGUCGUCCUUGAGACCGGCUGGCCCAACGCCGGUGUCUGCAACGGUGUUGCCUGCGCUGGUCCCGAUGAGCAGCGCGCUGCCAUCGAGUCGAUCGAGAAGGCCCUUGGUAGCAAGGCUGUCUUCUUCUCCUUCCGCAACGACCCCUGGAAGCAGCCCGGCGCUUGCAACUGUGAGCGCAACUGGGGCUGUGCCGAGGUUUGGGGCGUCUAA